ACCCAGCCGGUCACCAUGGCACUUGCAAAAGGAGGCUGAAGGUUCUCAAGGAGAAGAGGAUCCCAUCCUCCCAAGCCCUCUAAACUGAUGCCUUCACCAUAACAUCUGGAGACCUGAGAGAGAACCUCAGUGUCCUGAAUCCAGCCCUUUACUGCUGCCUUUCCCUUCCCAUCCAUAUAUCCUACUCCAACGAAAUGCGGCACCAUUCACUCCAUAAUUUCAACGGUGACUACCCUACUCACAUCCACCUGCAGUAUGACUGAGCCGAUACCUGCUCAUUGCCACUUGAUGGACUAGGAGCAAGAAUGGUGGAGCGGGAACUAGGUGCGGAUGAAAUUGAAGAACUCCGUGAGGCUUUUGACGAGUUUGACAAGGACAAAGAUGGAUAUAUCAGCUGCAAAGAUUUGGGCCACCUCAUGAGGACAAUGGGGUACAUGCCCACAGAGAUGGAACUCAUAGAGCUGUCACAGCAGAUCAACAUGAAUCUUGGAGGGCGUGUGGAUUUUGAUGACUUUGUGGAGAUGAUGACACCCAAGCUGUUGGCAGAGACGGCGGGCAUGAUAGGACUUCAGGAGAUGAGGGAUGCCUUCAAGGAGUUUGACACAAACGGGGACGGGGAAAUCACUUUGGAUGAACUGCACCAGGCCAUGCAGAAGUUGAUGGGUGAGCGCUUGACCUCCAGGGAGAUUUCUGAUGUGGUGAAAGAAGCCGAUGUCAACGGAGAUGGAACAGUGGAUUUUGAAGGUGCAAGUUACAGAACAGUACGUUGGCCACUGACCAGAAAAUCAUUCCUCUCCCACUGUCAUAAGCAACCUAUAAGAAUUUGUGAGGAUGAUGUCACGCUGAUGGAAUCGUGCACACUUCUCUGCUUUUAAGGAUCAGCUACCUACAGCGCUUUUUGAAAAGUACAUGGAAUUCAACAUCAAAUCCCCGUCAGAACUGGAAGAUGCAAUCAAAUCUCAGUGUAUAAAAGAGAUUGGUGGGAGGGUGGGGGAGGGGCGUACUCUUGGACUGUCUCCCUAACGGGAGGGCCAGCAUUCUGCUUUGAAAAGGUCAAGGCACUGUCAGGUAUUUCUUUCCUCAUCCAUGAAAUCUGUGUCACAAACAACUUGCUGACUCUUGUGGAUGCAUCUUAAACUUUCCCCAGAAAUUCUGUCUCCAUACACUCGGCAAUAACGUACAAUAAAGAUUUCCUUGUAUAGGAUUGGCUCAGGAUCUGUGUGACGACUUUCUUGUGGUGCAACAACUAAAGCCACCCGCUGACUUUGGCAGAGGUCAGAGAAACAGUUUGACGACUCUGAGUCCCACCCUGUGAAAGCAGCUUAUCCGCUUCAUAAUCGCCGCCGCUCUGAAGAACAACAUAUGGGCAGAAAUAAACGGAUUAAAAAGCAAACGGGGCCAUGCUGUGCAAGAGGAAGAGGAGGAGCCAGACUUUUGAGAAAUGGGCUCCGCACGUAUCAGAGCAGCUGGGCCUGAUCGUCAAUUUCAGGGAAUCUAGUGUGGGUCCAGCUUGUCGUGGGGGGCAGGGCAGGAUUAGGGUUUGGGAGGGAGAACCCUUGGCUUGCAGGAUAACGUGACUCAUGCAGAGGAUUACAGCCCCAGGCCUGCUAGCUUCCACUUCAUGACCCUUUAAAGAUUAAAAGCCGUGGGAGUUUGAAGCAGCAGCAGCUGAGCUACCUCUUCAUCUCCCUAAUUGUUUUUGGCAGUGUGGCGUGGGAGGGGAGAAAGAGAAGUAGACCAGACCUCAAGGACACACCAAGGUCAUUUGAGGGCAUACAUGUUCAUUUCCGCUACAAAGUUGUCAUUGCUUCUGAUCCAAGCCACAAAUCCCCCCUCUCUGGAUGAGUACCUGGAUUAUCAAGACAUUUGGUGGGGAUGGUGAGGGAACAGGAGAAUUCUUCCAAGUUUAGUUAAACAUGCUUCCUGUGUAGCCUUCCACCCAUCACCCACUUCAAAACUAAGGAGGUAAAGGUAAAGGUUCCCCUUGA